UUACAGUAAGUUAUCUAAUUAUAUGUUUUGACUCAAACUGGCUUUUUCAAUGACCAUUUGAAUUUUUAUUGUUAAUAUUUUAUUGUAUUUCGCUUUCUUUUUUCUAGACAUCCAGAAAGAAUCAACAUUGCAUUUGGUCUUACGUUUACGUGGUGGUAUGCAAAUAUUCGUCAAAACGUUGACUGGUAAAACAAUCACAUUGGAAGUUGAAACAAGUGAUACAAUUGAAAAUGUUAAGGCUAAAAUUCAAGACAAGGAAGGAAUUCCACCCGAUCAACAACGUUUGAUUUUUGCUGGCAAACAAUUGGAAGAUGGUCGUACGUUGAGCGAUUAUAACAUUCAAAAAGAAUCAACGUUGCAUUUAGUUUUACGUUUACGUGGUGGUAUGCAAAUAUUCGUUAAAACGUUGACUGGAAAAACAAUCACAUUGGAAGUUGAACCAAGUGAUACAAUUGAAAAUGUUAAAGCUAAAAUUCAAGACAAGGAAGGAAUUCCACCCGAUCAACAACGUUUGAUUUUUGCUGGCAAACAACUGGAAGAUGGCCGAACAUUGAAUGAUUACAACAUCCAGAAAGAAUCAACACUGCAUUUGGUUUUACGUUUACGCGGUGGCCAAUAA